CGCAUUCAUCACUUCCCAACUAUCCCUUCCCUUUUCACUAUAAAUGGGAAAGGAUGGUUAGCUGCUAGUCCAUCCCUUUCUGACUUCUUCGCCAUGGCAAGUAAAUCUCAGAGUAAAAUCGUCAUCGACUUAACCCUCUCCGGGACAUCUUCUUCUUUGGAUGAUGAUUUCUCCGCCUCUUCGGCUCAAUCCAACGAUAUGGCUGGGUUGAGUCCCGGCGAGUUCUCAAGACUUUAUCCAACAACUCGCCUCCCUGCACCAUCUCCUCCUAGUCCACCCAGGCUUCCAUCCGGAAGGAUAGACUGGGACUCAAUGACCCUCCAGGACUUCGCCUUGUACCAGAGGGUGCGCAGGGCUAGACUUGGGCGUUCUUUGCCAAUUGUUGAGGCGGAACCUUCAGGUGAAAGCCGGACUGCUUCUACAAACUUGCUGAAGUCUCCCAACGAUAGUUCUUCAUUGAGGGCAGCAACUCCCCGUCUUGGGACAUGGGAAGAAUAUGACAUAUGGGAAACCGCUGCGUGUCCCUCGUCAAAGAGAAGGAGCCCAUGGAAGGGACCCCCACCUCCUUCUUGUUGACUGCAUGGACGCAAUAGGCCCUCCUUCAGUGCUUAGCCCCCUGCAACUCAAAUUUCUUUUCCUUGUUUUGUAUCAAUAGGCAUUCACUUGUUUGGUCCAGGAGUUUUCCCUGCGUCCCAAACUAAGGAAUGUUCCCUAAUCUCAAAUUAAGAAUUAUCGUUGUA